AUGGCUCUAAACAAACGCCAUUUCCCAUGUGAAGAGGAGGAAGGUUCAACUCAUCACAAGAAAGCAAAACAAGUUGCAUUGGAACCACCUCCUUCAUCCAGCAUUGUUCUCAAUUCUGCUGAUUGUGAUUUAGAUUUCAACAUUGAAUGCAAUGGACUUGUUGGAUAUGGCCUUAAUGAGGAAGGCUUUGGUUACUGCUGGUCUGGUGCUAGAGCUACUGUUGGAAUAACAAAUGGUAGAUAUUGUUUUGGUUGCAUUGUUGUUUCUUCUCAACCUGUUGAUACUGACGAUACUUCACCUGAUCAGCGACAUCUUUGUCGUCUUGGUGUUUCUAGAGGUGAUGAUGUUGUUGGAGCUCUUGGUGAGACAAAACAUAGCUUUGGUUUUGGUGGCACCGGAAAGUUCUCCAAUGCCGGGAAGUUUAUGAAUUUCGGUGAUAAGUUUGGCGUUGGAGAUACAAUAGUCUGUUGCAUUGAUCUUGAGAGUAAACCAUCUGCUACUAUUGGUUUCUCUAAGAAUGGUAAAUGGUUAGGUACUGCGUUUCAAUUUGAUGUUGGUUCUCUUGGUCUUGGACCGGAUUCUUCUUUAUCCAAGGACUCGCCUUGGGAAUGGGCACUUUUUCCGCAUGUUCUUUUGAAAAAUGUUGUGGUUCAGAUGCAGUUCAGUGUUGAGGAAGGACUUGUUCCUCAUGAAGGGUUCAAACCUUGGGCCUUGGCUGUUGCCGAUGGAAAUGCGAUUACAGGACCUUCGUUUUCUGACUCAAAGGAAUGUGAGUUGAUGAUGCUCGUGGGAUUACCCGCUUCAGGCAAGACUACAUGGGCAGAAAAAUGGGUGAAAGAUCACCCAAAGAAGCGUUAUGUUUUGCUUGGCACAAACUUAAUUCUCGAACAGAUGAAGGUUCCUGGACUGUUGCGGAAAAACAACUACGGUGAAAGGUUUGAUCGUUUGAUGGACAAGGCAAGUUCAAUGUUCAAUGUAAUUCUGUCCAGGGCGGCUAACAUACCUCGCAAUUAUAUAAUUGAUCAAACAAAUGUGUACAAAAAUGCACGCAAGUGUAAGCUUACGCCUUUUGUUGACUAUCAAAAGAUUGCUGUUGUAGUGUUUCCGAAGCCUGAAAUGCUCAAGAGACGGUCUGAAAAAAGAUUUAAAGAAAUGGGCAAAAAAGUUCCAGUUGAUGCUUUGAAUUCCAUGGCAGCUAAUUAUGUAUUACCUAAAAGCAAGGAUUUGCCUCAUUCAGAUGAGUGUUUUGAUCAGGUUCUGUUUAUUGAGCUGAACCGAGACGCAUCUCAGAAAUAUUUGGAUCAGAUGAAGCAAGAUAUCCUAUCUCUAUCUUAUAACAACCAAUUGACAUUAUCGCGAGGUUCUUCUCUGUCUUCUUCCUGACCUGUAUUACAAAAUCAACGAAG